AUGCUUUCUUUUACAUGCCAAAGAACUUUUGCCUUCUUUAAUCUGUUUCUUGCAGUACUCGUUGCAAAUUCAACCUUUUGCUUUUCUGCCAAGGUUUAUGUCGUCUACAUGGGAAGCAAAAGUAACGAUCAAGACCCGGAUAAUAUUCUGAAGCAGAAUCAUCAAAUGCUUGCAGAAGUUAAUAGGGGAAGUAUUGAACAAGCACAAGCUUCACAUAUUUAUAGCUACAAACAUGGUUUCAAAGGCUUUGCAGCAAAGCUAACAGAGGAACAGGCUUACCAAAUUUCAAAAAUGGAAGGAGUGGUUUCGGUGUUCCCCAAUUCUAAAAGAAUGUUGCACACUACUCAUUCAUGGGAUUUCAUGGGACUUUUGGAUGAUGAAACCAUGGAGAAUAUGGGGUACUCAAACAAAAACCAAGCAAAUGUUAUUAUUGGUAUCAUUGAUACAGGAAUUUGGCCAGAAUCCCCAAGCUUUAGAGACACUGACAUGCCACCAGUUCCACGCAGAUGGAAAGGCCGUUGUCAAAUAGGAGAAGCAUUCAAUGCUUCAUCUUGUAACAGGAAAGUGAUAGGAGCAAGAUAUUAUAUGAGUGGAUAUGAAGCAGAAGAAGGGUCAGACAAGAAAGUCUCUUACAGAUCUGCAAGAGACAGCUCUGGUCAUGGGAGCCAUACAGCUUCCACAGCAGCAGGACGAUACGUCGCAGAUAUGAACUAUAAGGGUUUGGCAGCAGGAAAAGCUAGGGGAGGUGCACCAAUGGCUAGAAUUUCUGUUUACAAAACAUGUUGGAAUUCAGGUUGCUAUGAUGUGGACUUGUUAGCUGCCUUUGAUGAUGCCAUAAGAGACGGUGUUCACAUUAUAUCAUUAUCUCUUGGUCCUCAAUCUCCUCAAGGCGACUAUUUCAGUGAUGCCAUAUCUAUGGCGUCUUUCCAUGCUGCUAGACAUGGAGUUCUUGUAGUAGCAUCAGCUGGAAAUGAAGGAACUCCUGGCUCUGCAACAAACCUUGCACCAUGGAUCAUCACUGUUGCUGCUAGCUCAACAGAUAGGGAUUUCACCUCAGAUAUCAUAUUAGGAAAUGGUGUUAACAUCAAGGGUGACAGUCUCAGUCUACUGGAAAUGAAUGCCUCCAGAAGAACAAUUCCGGCAUCUGAAGCCUUUGCAGGAUAUUUUACUCCUUAUCAAUCCAGUUAUUGUUUGGAUAGCUCAUUAAACCAGACAAAGACCAAAGGGAAGGUUCUGGUGUGUAGACACGACGAAGGUUCAAUGGCAUCAAAAUUGGAAAAAAGUAGGGUAGUGAAAGAGGCAGGUGGAGUUGGGAUGAUACUUAUUGAUGAAACAGACCAAGAAGUUGCCAUCCCAUUUGUCAUACCUUCGGCUAUUGUUCAGGCAAAAACGGGAGAGAAGAUUCUAUCAUAUAUCAAUAGCACAAGCAUACCUGUAUCUAGGAUUUCCAGGGCCAAGACAGUAGUAGGAGUUCAGCCUGCACCGCGUGCGGCAGCAUUUUCUUCCAAGGGCCCCAAUUCCUUAACCCCGGAAAUUUUGAAGCCCGAUGUUUUGGCUCCCGGGUUAAACAUCCUGGCAGCAUGGUCUCCAGCAGCAGCUGGAAAUAUGAAGUUCAAUAUUCUAUCAGGAACUUCUAUGUCUUGUCCUCAUGUAACUGGAAUUGCAGCCUUAAUCAAAGCUGCGCAUCCUUCAUGGUCUCCGUCUGCUAUCAAAUCUGCCAUCAUGACUACUGCAACUAUUGUGGAUAAGCAAAACAAGCCAAUUAAAGCGGAUCCUGAUAGAAGAAGGGCUGAUGCAUUUGAUUAUGGAUCAGGGUUUGUGAACCCUACAAGAGUUCUGGAUCCCGGUCUUGUAUAUGAUUCACAGCCAGAAGAUUUUGUUGCAUUCCUGUGUUCAAUUGGUUACGAUGAGAAGUCACUCCACCUCGUUACAAGAGACAACAGCACAUGCGCUGGUGCAUUCAAAACACCAUCUGACCUCAACUAUCCAUCUAUUACAGUUCCCAAUCUUGAAGACAGCUUUUCAGCAACUCGUGUUGUGACUAAUGUUGGAAAAGCAAGAAGUAUAUAUGAAGCUGAAGUGCUGUCUCCAGACGGAGUUAAUGUUACUGUUGUGCCAAAUCGGUUAGUAUUCACAAGAACAGGACAGAAAAUCAAGUUCACUGUGAAUUUCAAAGUGAUUGCUCCCAUAAAGGACUAUGCAUUUGGGUUCUUAAUAUGGAAUAACAGAAUAUCACAGGUCGCCAGUCCUUUAGUUGUAAAGAUUGCAACAGCGAGCCUUGGGUUGGUCAGAUAA